CCUUAUUCAGUCGUUUACAACUUCUCUAGCUGAGAUCAGAUAAACCGCAGCAAUGACAGGGAAGGACCCAAAUAAGCCGAGAGGAAAAAGCACCUCCUAUGCUUUCUUCGUCCAGACCUGCCGCGAGGAGCACAAAAAGAAACACCCAGGGACCACUGUAGGAUUUGCAGAGUUUUCCAAGAAAUGCUCCGAGAGAUGGAAGACCAUGUCAGCCAAGGAGAAGUCAAAGUUCGAGGAGAUGGCUAAGAACGACAAGAUUCGGUAUGACAGAGAGAUGAAGACGUACAUCCCUCCCAAAGGUGCUGCUAAAGGCAAGAAGAAGAAGGACCCCAACGCACCCAAAAGACCACCUUCUGCUUUCUUUGUGUUCUGCUCUGAUCACCGCCCCAAAAUUAAGGAGGACAAUCCUGGUAUCUCCAUCGGUGACAUUGCCAAGAAGCUGGGCGAGUUGUGGUCUACACAGUCUGCCAAAGACAAGGCUCCCUAUGAAGCGAGGGCUGCCAAGCUGAAGGAAAAAUACGAGAAGGAUGUUGCUGCCUACAAAGCCAAAGGCGGCUCAGGGAAGAGCGAUGCCGGUAAGAAGAGUGGCCCAGGCCGGCCUGCUGCCAAGAAGGCUGCGCCAGUCGACGACGACGACGAUGACGACGAGGAGGAAGAUGACGACGACGAUGAGGAUGACGACGACGAUGAGGAUGAUGACUGAGCGGUUAAUACGUUAACGGGUGUGAAUUUCGCAAUGCAUUGUUCAGCUAAACUUUUUUUUGUGUGGAUGAUUCCAACAGUAUAGUCUGCUGUCCCUGUUGGUCUGCCUCUGUAGGAAACCAGACCUGUAUUCCUUUUCAAAUUCAGGGAUUUAGUUUUUAUUUUAUCACUUAGUCCCCUAAUUUUUUUUUUUUUUUUAAAACAAUUAUCUGAAUUCUGGUUUGUUACAUCUUAGACCUCGUUGCUACUUAACGGGCAGCUAGAUAUGAAUUUCCUGUGAAAAAUUACAUGACUGAAACUCGUGUACAGGCAGUGGACAGCAGCAAAUCAGUAAAGUUUUAAAAAUGUAUUGUUUGUGGAAGCACUGCUUAUGUUUUCUGUUUAGUGGUGCUGUUUCUUCACUGUCAUUUUACUACCAAGAGUUAUCUGUAGUUUGAUUAAAAAUGUUGAAGCCAUUUUUAAUGUGGAACUUUGAAAACUUUCAUGUAGAACAAAUUUUUUUUUGUAAUAAAAUUUUGUAUAUUA